AUGCGUUCUGAACAAGUUGACAAGAUGGACCACUGGUCCUUAGCCUUCCUGGCUUUGGGAUGCUUCGCAACAUCCCGAAUAAAGUGGACCAACCGCUACUUAAGCGGAUUGUCGAUGCGUCGUCGUACGGCAAGUACGACUUCAUGUACUUGCGAAUCGACUUCGCAAACGACUGCAACGUUGGCUAUGCGUACAUGCGUUCUGAACAAGUUGACAAGAGGGGCAUUCCCCGCCCCAUGGGGCUAUGCGACACUCCAACCUCGGAGCCUGAAGAGGUGCAGUCUUUCACCGAGGAGCUCCAGGCUGGAGGAAUGGCGGUCCUCAGAGCGCGUCACGUUGAGACCGAUGGGUCUCUGGUCCUGGUCGUGA